UUAUAUUCUCUUUGCUCUGUGCUUAUCUACUGUGCAGUGUGAAAAAUUUGAAAAGCGCAUUCCCAAAAUCGAAACUUAUAAAAGUGGUAUAGUUUUAAUCAAAUAUAUAGGUAAAGACUAAAGAGGUAAAUAAAUAAAAUGGAAGUCGGUACUUGGCCGUAAAUAACACAAUAAUAUGCAGUUCCUAAAUAUUCAUAGAAUAGCGAAGGAAAGUGCGAGAGUAUAUUAUUAUGAUCUAAUAACAAAAAAAUGUUUAUCAUGGAACAAGAACACUACUAUUUUGGGCAUAGAAACAUCAUGUGACGAUACAGGCUGUGCUAUCGUAAAUGGAGAAGGAAAUAUAUUAGGAGAAUCUCUUUAUUCACAAAAUAUAGUUCAUCUAAGGUAUGGUGGUGUCAACCCACUUGUAGCAAGAGACUUGCAUCGUGAUAACAUAGAAUUAGCUGCUAAGGAAGCUUUGGAUAAGGCGAAGAUAGACCUGAAAGAUAUUGAUGCAAUUGCUGUAACCAUUAAGCCUGGUCUUGUAAGCAGUUUGCAGAUAGGUGUUAAAUAUGCAAUCUAUCUUGCAAGAAUUCAUAAUAAAUUGUUAAUACCAGUUCAUCACAUGGAAGCUCAUGCUUUAGUGGCCAGAAUGUUUCAUAAUAUAUCAUUUCCAUUUCUUACUUUGCUAAUAUCUGGAGGGCAUUCUUUGCUUGCACUUGUAAAGGAUGUGGAUGAAUUUUUGUUGCUAGGCGAAACAUUAGAUAAUGCUCCAGGUGAAGUUCUGGACAAGGCAGCAAGAAGGAUGAAGUUAAGAAAUAUACCUGCAUACUCAAAAUUAGCAGGAGGACAAGCUGUUGAAAUGGCAGCUAAAAAUUCAAAGAACCCUUAUCUAUUCAAAUUUCCAUUACCAUUAGCUAGAAAUAGAGACUGUUGUUUUAGUUUCAGUGGCCUUAAGGAUGCUUUGAUGCGGCACCUCUUACAAAAGGAGAAAGAACAUGGAGUAGCAGGAGAUAGAAUUAUUCCAGAAGUCAUUGAUUUAUGUGCUGGCUUUCAACUAGCGAUUGCAGAACAUUUAGGUCACAGAACAGAGAGAGCUGUAUUAUUUUGUGAAAAGUACAAUCUAUUUGACAAAAACAAUAAAAGUAUUGUAGUCUCUGGUGGAGUGGCAUGUAAUAAUUUUAUUUUUAAAGGUAUCCAGUUUAUAGGUGAUAAAUUGGGCUGCAAUGUGUAUAGACCUCCACCCGAAGUAUGUAAAGAUAAUGGAACUAUGAUAGCAUGGAAUGGCAUAGAGAAACUGAAGAAACAAGGCCACUAUGAAAGUAUCACUUUAGAAAAUAUAGAUCCAUCUGCCCCCUUAGGAGUCAACAUUGUUAACAAGGUUAAAGCUGCAAACUUAAAUGUCAGAAUUACAAGAAUAAAAUAUGAUAAUUAUUCAAGGAGUAAUUAAAUCAAAGUACCCCCUUUAUCCAGUUUCUCAGUUGGAAUAAUAUAAUGUAAAACUUGCAGAGAAUAUUUUUCACAUUUAAGAUUUACUUAAUUACUGUAUAAAUAACUAGGUAAUAACUAAUAAGUAACAGCAAUAAAUAAAUAAUUGAGUUGAAUUUAUUAUUAUAAAAAUGUUAAAUCACAUUUAAGAAUUAAAGUAAAUUGUUUAUUGAAAAUUAUUGCUAAAAAUAAUUUAUUAAGUUGAGAGAAAUUGGAUGUUUUCAAGUGAAUAUUUAUUACAAUAAUGCUAAUAUACAAGUUAAAUAAAAUUCAUCACUGAUUUUCUUUGAUGUCCAUAAUUUUCUACUUGGCAGCUUUUUGUU